CGUUAUGUAAGCGAUUAGUCAGAUGCUUGUUUGCUGCUGUCAGCCACAGCUUCUAUCGACCCUCGUCGACCGUGCUGGCACUUCCCGAGUUCUUCCCUGCGCUCUCUGAUAUUCUCUGCGGGUUCCUCUCAGUAGCUGCUUCUGGUUGUCUGAUUGCGAACGCGUUGUUCAGUUAAUUUGACCGCUUUUCAGCAUCUCAGCGGUAUCUUGGUCUGACGAAUAUCCGGGGUAGUAGUUCUACUUAGGCUCUUCCGGCAGACCCCGAUACAGUACAGCAUAUCAGAGCGCCAGGCCGCUUUGUCCAUAGAAACAGACUCCACCGCUUUAAGUCUUCUUUCAUCCCUCAGACAUGAAGGACUUUCUUGCCAUUGAGUACCCUCCUGCCGUGCAGGAGACCUUGACGACGGUCUGCAACGCAAUCGGCCUCCCGAUGCUCGCACCUCACAUCCACGAGGUCGUCCUUGCCUUUGCGCUCUACCACGGCCUCUUCCUCAUGGGUCCGCUCUUCAACUCUGCUUUCAGCUCGUACAAGACCAUGCCCAGACGCACGCGCAUCAAUUUCGACAUCCACGUCGUCUCGCAGGUGCAAUGCCUGCUCAUCAUCGCCCUCGCGUUCCCUGCCUUCUUCGACCCCGAGCUCAAGGUCGAUCAUCUGUUUGCGUACUCGCCCUACGGCGGCUUGGUCUACGCUUUUGCUGUCGGAUACUUUGCUUGGGACUCUUACAUCAGUCUCAAGUACAUCAAUUGGUUCGGUAUCGGUUUUGCCGUCCACGGAAUUGCUUCGGUCAGCGUCUUUCUUCUCAGCUUUAGACCAUUCCUGAUGUACUACGGCCCCGUCUUUCUCAUGUUUGAAAUCUCAACGCCGUUCCUGAACGUGCACUGGUUCACGAGCCAUCUCCCUCCAAACACUGUCCCGGAGAAAGUCCAGCUCGUGAACGGCGUCCUCCUCCUGCUCUCGUUCUUCCUCGCUCGUCUGGUCUGGGGCUUUGCGUCUGCUGGCGUUCUUAUCUAUGACUUCUACAAGGCGUGGGGCGAUCCUCGCAUGCCGUUUUGGUUGCCGUGUUUCGUCCUUACAUCGAACCUGUCCCUUGACUUCCUCAACGUCUACUGGUUCUCAAAGAUGAUCAAGGCAGUCCAGCGCCGUCUCGACUCAAACAAGAAGCACAAGCCCGACAACCCGGACCUCUUGACUGAGGAAGAAGAUAUCAAAGGCCACAAGAUGGAAUGACAGUCCGCCGCUCAGAGUGCUGUCUAAGGAGAGAGCAAGUUUGAAGAAAACGAAAAAAAAAAGAUCAGCUAGUUAUGAAGAAGAUUAUGAUACAGAUGAAAAAUGUCAAGGAAAAGUGAUAUAAAAAAAUAGAGUGGACGAAGAAGGUGGAGGAGGCGAGGAGAACCAGCAAAGAAUAAACUAACGCGCUCUCUUCAAAGCGUGUACUUCUGGGUGCAGAAUGAUUAUACCGAUUUCUUAUCAAUAGGGUCUGUUUUUGAGAACAAAACAGCAACCAGACAGAACGUUCGGGCUUUAUGUGUUUAUUGUAUCUAUAUUUAUGAUGUAUGUAGGUAGAUGAAGCACUGGUGGUGCCGUAAAAGCAGCUUUUGCAUACAAAUAUACUAAUUUUACGAGAUCACAA